CAGUAUGAUUCAUAAUUAGUAUAGGUCUAUAGUGCAUUCGGUGCACAUGUACCGGGAAAUAUGUGGGAUUGAAUGUACAACAUAAAUUUACAACUACGCAGUGUCAAGGUCUAAACUGAUGACAGAUCGUAGUCACUGUCGUCACUGAAAAACGAUAUUAUAUAUCCCUUAAGAGAGAAAUAAGUUCGCCAAAUAGUUACAUAAUCGUAUAAUCUUGGUCUUUGACCCUCGGUUCUCGGUUCUAACCUGUCCACGUGCCGUCUUAUUGUUAGCACGGAUAAGACGAACUUCGUUCAGCGUAACGAAUUGUGAAUUUGUUCCAACAUUGACGAAACGUUGAUUAGUAACGUUGAACUAUAAUAUCGUCAGUUUGUUUAAAAUAUUACAUGCGUCCGUAAAAAGACGGUUAUUGACGCUGUUAAAACGCGAGAAUGAAGGAAGAGGUGAAUAACAAAGAGCUGGACAAGGAUCACUGGAAACUUGAGGCACAAACCAUUAUCAACGACGUAAAACAGCAUGUAACGGACAUCAAAAUAUCAGAAAAAUUACGAAAUAACAAUCAUUUCCUCUACUUAAAUUUGAUUACAUUAGAGGGCUUGAAGUUUUGCAUAGAACUAUCAAGUGCUGGUUUUACCAUCGUUGGUAACGAACACGACGACACAUCAAAGAGAGAAAGCGAACACUACGAAACGCCCUACAGCUUGUUGAAUUUCGUUAGCCCGCAAUAUAGAGAUUCCUUUGGGAAUUCGCUUGUUCAUAAGCUUAAACAAUUAAGUAACUCACAGUGAACAAAUUUAAUCAGAAUUUUUUAAUAGUGAAAUGAAAUACAGUUAAAUAUAGAUGAAAAUAAAGUGCUAAUUCCAAUUGUUUGAAUACAUACACACACACACACACAUACAUCUUUUAACAAUAAGCAUUUGAAGUCCAAAAUAAAUUAUGAUUCUCGUCAAA